GUGAGUGUGACUCAGUUCAGUAGUUCUACUUUGGUUUUGCUGGUGUUGAACAGAGAGUAUCCAAAAUUCAAGAUGGCUCGAUGUCACGAUGGUGUCUUAGACUUUUGUCGUUAACUUUAUUUGUUUUAUGUGAAAAAGUGCUUUUUCACUAUGGCUGACUUAAGUGUUGAUAUAUCAAAGUUGCCGGACGAGAUAAGAGAUAAGUUGGCAGAGUUGGACUUGGAAUUAUCGGAAGGAGACAUCACACAAAAAGGAUAUGAGAAGAAGCGCACGCGACUUCUCGCCCCUUAUGUCGCACAACAUCAGCCUCAAGGCGUUAUUAUAUAUUAUACAGCAGUCAAUCAGCCGCCGCGUGGACCGCGUGGUGACGGCGGCAGCAGCCGACAGCAUACAAGAAACCGACGGACGCAUCGACGAGUCACUCACAAUGAGAAGAGAUACCAUUCAGAAGUUAGACAGGAAGCGGUGCAGCAGGCGCUAGCGGAGAUGCAAAACCGGCCAAAACCAUCUCUUCCAAUGCCUUCAAAACGUACAUCUAUGAUGGCAAAGAGCCCUGACCGAGAGAGACAUGAUCUUUCAUCAAGCUCUGAUGAGGAUUCGUGUACCGGUGAGUCGGAGCUGCCUCCGCCUCCGGAAUUGGGCUCGCCCCCCGCCCGCCGUGCUGCUGCGCCUCACCCCCGUGGACAUCCACUGCCCCUGCCCCAAAUGCAUCAUCAACGGGAAAAGAAGCAAACGCCACGAGAAAAGACUGAGAUCGACUUCUCUGAUAUUACACAUUUACCAGCUUACAUCCAGCCGGAUGUAACCCACACGACGUCAGGAGCGAGACGCGGGGGCGCCCUGGUAGCGGACCGCGUGCAAUGUUACGCGCAGCCCGAGGACACGGGCACGGGCACGGGCCGUUGGAAGGUAUCAGCCAAAAUACAGCAAUUACUUAAUACUCUAAAGCGACCCAAACGUCGACCACUGCCGGAGUUUUACGAAGACGAUGACAUAGAGUUGGAGAUUGCCGCGAAUCCGAAGGAUCCGAACGCUCCGAAACCGGAGGGGGGCACCAUGACCCCUGCCGUGGGGGAGCAGCUGGUCGUGCCUGCCGGCCUGCCGCGGAACUUGGAGGCCGCGCUGCAGAGAUACGGCACAGCCUCCUUUAAAGCAAACGUGGCCACUGUACUCGACCCCAAUGGAAAACUUAGUAAUUCACUCACCUAUGGAAAGCUACUCAGCCGAUCGUUGAAAAUAGCUCACGCGGUACUGAAUAAAACUUUCACGUCGAAGAGCAGUAGCGGCGGUCCGCUGACCGGCGACAAUUCGAUAAAGCCGGGCGACAGGGUGGCGCUGGUGUAUCCGAACAACGACCCCAUAAACUUCAUGUGCGCGUUCUACGGCUGCCUGCAAGCGGGCAUCGUGCCCGUGCCCAUCGAGGUGCCGCUCACGAGGCGCGACGCGGGCCUGCAGCAGGUGGGCUUCCUGCUGGGCUCCUGCGGGAUCCAGUACGCGCUCACCUCGGACGCCUGCUUGAAAGGUCUUCCAAAAACGUCGUCAGGAGAUGUGGUAUCAUUCCGAGGGUGGCCUUCUCUUCAAUGGGUGUCCACUGAAAAACUUCCUAGACCGCCUCGAGACUGGAUCCCUCCCCCGCGCCCAGCUGAAGAUAGCCCGGCCCAUAUCGAACACACGUCUGCAGCUGAUGGAUCCGCUAUGGGCGUUAUUGUUACAAGGGCGUCAAUGUUAGCGCACUGUAGGAUGCUUUCGGUAGCUUGCAACUACACUGAGGGGGAGCACAUGGUCUGCGUGUUAGAUUUCAAACGGGAGACAGGACUAUGGCACGCGGUCCUCGCAAGCGUCCUCAACGGAAUGCACGUGAUAUUCAUCCCGUAUGCUCUGAUGAAAGUCAGCCCGGCCUCGUGGAUGCAUAUGAUCACAAAGUACAGGGCUUCGGUGGCCAUCGUCAAGUCACGUGACCUUCACUGGGGCCUGCUGGCGACGCGAGACCACAAAGAGAUCUCGCUCAGUUCGCUAAGGAUGCUGCUUGUGGCGGAUGGAGCGAAUCCCUGGUCUUUAUCGUCAUGCGAUCAAUUCCUCUCCGUAUUCCAGAGUAAAGGUGUCCGCGGCGACGCGAUAUGCCCGUGCGCGUGCAGCAGCGAGUCGCUGACGGUGUGCGUGCGGCGCGCGGGGCGCGGCGGCUCGUCGGCGGGCCGCGGCGUGCUCUCCAUGUCGGGCCUCUCGUACGGCGUCGUGCGCGUCGACGCCGAGAACUCGCUCACCUCGCUCACACUGCAGGACUGCGGCCAAGUGAUGCCAUCGUGUGUGAUAGUGGUAGUGAAGAUGGAAGGUCCAGCGUAUCUCUGCAAGACGGACGAAGUGGGCGAGAUAUGCGUGCUCUCUGGAGCGACGGGGUCCGGCUACUGGGGCUUGCCCGGGCUCACCAACACGGUCUUCAGAGUACAGCCUUUAGACGCUGAUGGUGAACCCAUUGGCGAGGAACACUAUGUUCGAAGCGGGCUCUUAGGGUUCCUAGGACCAGGAGGUUUGGUAUUCGUGUGCGGUUCUCGGGACGGAUUGAUGACUGUAACUGGCAGGAAGCACAACAUGGACGAUAUCAUAGCGACCGUGUUAGCAGUUGAGCCCAUGAAGUUCAUAUACAGAGGACGCAUAGCCGUGUUUUCUGUACGGGUCUUGAGAGACGAGAGAAUUUGUAUCGUGGCUGAGCAGCGGCCGGACUGUGGGGAGGAAGAGUCGUUCCAAUGGAUGUCUCGUGUGUUGCAAGCGGUUGAUUCUAUUCACCAAGUUGGUAUAUAUUGUUUGGCACUGGUACAACCGAACUAUCUCCCUAAAACACCACUUGGAGGCAUCCAUCUCAGCGAAUGUAAACGGCGAUUCCUCGAAGGUACUUUGCAUCCCGCUAAUGUACUGAUGUGUCCUCACACUUGUGUUACAAACUUACCCAAACCGAGGGAAAUACACUCAGAUGUCGGUCCAGCUUCGGUUAUAGUUGGCAAUCUGGUUCAAGGAAAUCGCCUAGCAUCGGCUCAAGGUCGUGAUAUGGGAUAUACAGACGAUUCUGAUGCGGCGCGAAAGUACCAAUUUAUAUCACAAAUCUUGAGAUGGCGAGCUCAGAGUACAUCAGAUCAUGUGAUAUUUACAUUGCUCAAUUCAAAAGGUGCUGUAUCCAAAGUACUUACCUGCGCCGAAUUACAUAAGAAAGCGGAAAGAAUCGGCAAUCUGUUGCUUGAAAAAGGACGUGUUAAUACAGGGGACCACGUAGCUUUGAUAUUUCCUCCGGGAUUAGAUCUCAUUUGUGCAUUCUAUGGUUGUUUAUACGUUGGCGCAGUACCGGUAACGAUUAGACCACCACAUCCUCAAAAUCUACACACGACUCUUCCAACGGUUCGUAUGAUCGUCGACGUGAGCAAAGCGACUCUAGUCCUGUCAAACCAAUCUGUGAUAAAACUGCUCAGAUCUAAAGAAGCUAGUAACGUUCUCGAUAGCAAAGCUUGGCCUAUCACUCUCGAUACGGACGAUAUGCCUAAGAAAAAAUUACCCAUAUUGUAUAGAGCACCCACUGCUGAGAUGCUCGCAUAUUUAGAUUUUAGCGUAUCAACCACAGGCAUGUUAGCCGGUAUUAAGCUUUCACAUGCGGCAGUCACUUCCCUAUGCCGUUCUAUGAAGAUCGCCUGCGAACUGUACCCAUCAAGACACAUAGCUUUAUGCUUAGACCCAUAUUGCGGUCUUGGAUUCGCUCUCUGGUGCCUCAGUAGUAUAUAUUCUGGACACCAUUCUAUUCUUAUCCCACCUUCCGAAGUCGAAAUUAACCCAGCGCUUUGGUUAAGUGCAGUCUCUCAGUAUAAAGUCCGCGACACUUUCUGUUCUUACGGUGUAAUGGAAUUAUGCACCAAAGGCUUGGGUAGCUCAGUUAACCAACUCAAAAGUAAGGGAAUUAAUUUGGCAUGUGUCAGAACAUGCGUCGUUGUCGCUGAAGAACGACCAAGGAUUAAUUUGACCAAUUCCUUUUCUAAACUUUUCUCCGCCCUCGGUCUUAGUCCCAGAGCAGUAUCCACGUCGUUCGGUUGUCGCGUCAACAUAGCCAUUUGUUUACAAGGCGCAUCAAGUCCAGAGCCCUCUACCGUAUACGUAGACCUAAGAGCUUUGAGAAAUGAUCGCGUAUCGUUAGUGGAACGCGGUAGUCCUCACUCGCUCUGCUUGAUGGAGUCUGGCAAAUUACUACCGGGGGUGAAAGUGAUAACCGCGAAUCCAGAAACUAAAGGACAAUGUGGUGACUCUCAUUUAGGUGAAAUAUGGGUGCAAUCACCUCACAACGCUAGCGGUUACUUCACGAUUUACGGGGACGAAAGCGAUUAUGCAGACCAUUUUAGUGCUCAGUUAGUCACUGGGAACACAGGAGAAGUUUAUGCAAGAACAGGGUACUUAGGAUUCUUGAGAAGAACAGAGAUCAGUACAACGAGUACCGGAGGAGACGACACUUCGUUAAUGGCCCGUGACAGUGACACGGAAUCACUGGCCUCCGCCUGUGGAAGCAUGUCCGGUCUCACGACCGAUUCCCAUGAUACUCACGAUGCAGUUUUCGUCGUUGGCGCCCUCGAUGAAACAAUUAUGCUCCGCGGAAUGCGAUACCAUCCUAUCGAUAUCGAGAACUCUGUUAUGAGGUGCCAUAAGAAGAUUGCUGAAUGUGCCGUCUUUACGUGGACGAACUUACUGGUGGUAGUGGUGGAGCUCGAUGGCAAUGACAGCGAAGCUCUCAACCUGGUGCCUCUGGUCACUAACACGGUUCUCGAAGAACAUCACCUCAUAGUGGGCGUCGUGGUCGUCGUUGACCCCGGGGUCGUCCCCAUCAACUCUCGAGGCGAAAAGCAACGCAUGCACCUUCGGGACGGAUUCCUCUCCGACCAAAUAGAUGCAAUAUAUAUCGCUUAUAACAUGUAAUUCGAUAGCAUUUGACCAUAUUAAUAAAUUUGGUAGUUGAGCCCCAUGCACGCCAUGGCUAUUAUUCGAGAUGAGCAGUCCCAUCGUUAAUUAUAAGUUUCCGGU